AUGGCUGCUGGUGUUUCUGCAGGGCCCACCUGCCCAGGAGCAGGCCAGCUACGCGUGCGGGUCCCGUCGGACGGCCUUGUAACCUGUCGGCGUGUCUUUCUGUCUUUGCAGAACAAUGGCUCCCUGGACUGGUGCCAGAGUCACAAGCAGUGCUCCAAGUGCCUGGCGCCCUGCAAGGAGACGCGGGAUCUGCAAAAGGAGGGGUGUCCGAGCUUCUGCGAGGUAAGUGGGGCGGCCGCCCAGGUGCCUGAGUGUGCCUGCACCCCGCUGACGGGGACCAACGGGGGGUCACCGUCCCUCUGGGUCCCCCUGAAACCCAGGAAGGAGCUGCGGUUUGCGGAACUGCCCUCCGGGCACCUGGAGGUCAGGUGGUCCUCGAGGUUCAACGUCUCCAUCGAGCCGGUGACCUACGUGCUGCAGAGGAGGUGGAACGCGGGCCUGCACCCCAGCGAGGACGAGGCCACCGCCUGGCAGACGGUGGUGCAGACCACGGACGAGCGGGCGCGGCUGGGACCCCAGCAAGCACUUCUACUCCUCCAGGGGGGUGAGCACCCCCUCCUGCACCCCACCCUCCUUCUAGGGGACCCCAGCAAGCACUUCUACUCCUCCAGGGGUGAGCACCCCCUCCUGCACCCCACCCUCCUUCUAGGGGACCCCAGCAAGCACUUCUACUCCUCCAGGGGGGACCCCAGCAAGCACUUCUACUCCUCCAGGGGUGAGCACCCCCUCCUGCACCCCACCCUCCUUCUAGGGGACCCCAGCAAGCACUUCUACUCCUCCAGGGCACCCCCUCCUGCACCCCACCCUCCCCCCGGGGACCCCAGCAAGCACUUCCACUCCUCCAGGGGUGAGCACCCCCUCCUGCACCCCACCCUCCUUCUAGGGGACCCCAGCAAGCACUUCUACUCCUCCAGGGGUGAGCACCCCCUCCUGCACCCCACCCUCCUUCUAGGGGACCCCAGCAAGCACUUCUACUCCUCCAGGGGUGAGCACCCCCUCCUGCACCCCACCCUCCUUCUAGGGGACCCCAGCAAGCACUUCUACUCCUCCAGGGGUGAGCACCCCCUCCUGCACCCCACCCUCCUUCUAGGGGACCCCAGCAAGCACUUCCACUCCUCCAGGGAUCCGUCGGCCCCUGCGGCUCCCGCCCACCUCCGGCUUGCCAACGCCACCAGCCACGGCGACGGGAGUGUGACCGUCAUGCUGGCCUGGGACGGGCCCCAGGAGCCGGACGUCCCCGUGCACCACUACAAGGUCUUCUGGAGCUGGGCCGCCCGCGGCGUGGGGGUCCCCGCGAGGAAGAGGCGCAGGACGUCUGUGGACGGGUCCCAGAACUCCGUGGUCCUGGAGGGCCUGCAGCCGGACUCCGACUACAGCGUGGAGCUGCAGGCUGUGGCCUACUGGGGGCAGACGCGCCUCAAGAGCGCGAAGGUCGCCCUGCACUUCACCCCCUCGCCCGCCGCCAGCAACAAAGAACCGCUUGGGAAGGACAGAGAAGGGCCGAUCCGGCCACAGCCCCCUGCUCAGCGGCGCCGCCCUGCCCGCCGCCUGGAGAUGGGCGCCCCCUUCUUCCAGGACGGCCGGCUGCAGGCGAAGGUCUACUGGAAAAGGACAGCAGACCCCGGCGCCAGUCGCUACCACGUGCGGUGGGUCCCGGAGGCCUGUGCCCACAAUGAUACCACCUGGCCAGCGGCGGAGGCGUCCGCCAUGACACAGCGCCAUGUUGGGCGGGAAGUAGUCACAGAGACCCCUCCCUCCCGAAAGGGGGAGAAUAGGGACAAGAGAGGACGAGACGAGACGCAGGUCACCUGGCACCAGCCUUCCCCACACCAGGCCGCCUACACCCCCUGCCCAGAAGGCCCCCCACGGCGCCCGGUCCCCCCGCCUCACCGGCCCCACCUUCCCACCCCGACAGGUCCUGUCCUCCCCAAAGUGCUGGCCACCCCCCAGGACCUGUCCGCCUCCUUCGCCGUCCGGGACGGGAACGUCACUGGCACUGCUCAACCACUGAGCCACACCAGCCAGGCUGAGGUGUGUCUUCCUUCCCAAGCGUCUCUGACGGCCUCUCGCUUGGUGUCCCCCCAGAACCACGCCUUCCUCACCGUGCCCAACCUGAGGCCGUCCACCCUGUACCGACUCGAGGUCCAGGUGCUGACCGCCGCGGGGGAGGGGCCGGCCACCCUCCAGACCUUCCGGACCCCUGACCGCCUGCCCCCGGUGCACGGGCCCCCCCUCAAACACCACCACCCACAGCAUCACCGCUCGGCUCCCCAGAGGCUCUGAGCUGCCCUCCAGGCGGCCGAGCCCUUGGGUGUGCCCCAGCCUCACCCCCAGGUACCCUCUCUCCACCCCGAGGCCUCCGGACAUGGUGCCCCACGGGAGUCUGCGUCGGCGUCAGCCACAUCCCCCGGGAGCGGAGAGAACGCACACGCGGCCCAGCCCAUGCAAAUUCCGUGUCCAUGUGUGGUGUGGCCAGCUGACACCGUGUCAUCACAGAACCGUGGGCUCCCAGGAUCUCUCCCAUCAGACCCAGGUCACACUCACUCCAGGCCUAGCCUUCACCAGGGCAACUUUUCAUUUGACUUUCUAAUAGACUAGCAGCCCUGUGCAGGGAAUUCGUGCACGGGGAGGGUCCCUAGGGCUGGCUGGAGAUCAGGGCCGAUCUCGGCCUUCCUUUGUUCCA